CAAGAAAGCAGAAAUUAACGCAUCCCCUCCCUGAGGCUGGCCAUUCCAGGUGAUAUUUGAAAAACUUACGCCUUUUUACUUCCUUGUCUCCUCCCCCUCUCUGUGCUAUAAAAGAAACUGGCAUCCAAACCCCCAUAAGAUGGUUGUUUUGAGACUUUGCCAUCUUUUCGGCCUGCUCUCUUUCAUAAUAAAGUCAUAUUCCUUGCCUCAGCACCUCAUCUUCCAUUCAUUGGCCUGACCCCAGAGAGCAGAGUGAGCUUGGACUCCGUAAGGAGACCAGAGCAUGGCCUGGGGCAUCUUGGGUCUCGGUGGCAGAGAGGCUGGCACAGGAGGUCCUCUGAGUAAGAUGUCACAGCUCUGAGCAACCAGGACCCCCGUGCCCACAGCGUACCCUGUGUCUACCUCACCAACUCCCCCUCUAGGGUUCUAAUACUUCUUGUGGGCCAGCGACUGGAGGGACAACUGAGCCGUGGGCAUGGGCGGCAGAAACUAAAGCCCCAGGGCCAGGCAGUAGUUUGUUCCAGGGGAGACCUCUGUAAGAGCCCAGAUUCCCUGGCCUGUUCUUUCUUCACUUGGUGCCCAGGGAGUCGGUCGGGGCAGGGCCAGCGCGGGGGAGGGAGGGGACGAGCAGUUGAAGAGGGAGGAGACUGGGUGGCUGCAUGCGGAUGAGAGGGCGUGCGCUUCUCGGCCCCAAAUGCCAGCAGCUGGAGGAGGUGCGCAGGGAAGCGGCCUCGCGGACGCGCCAGAGGACGGGCGGCGCGAUGGAACCGGCGCCGGACCUGGGGCUCGGGGACUCGUCCUUGCACCGCUAUCUGGACUGUGAGUUCUGGAGCCUCAAGAACGAGCUGCGCUGGCUUCUGGGCGGCUGCCCGCUCUUCCGGCACAGGUAUGAUUUGAGUCUGGAUGAAAUGAGAGCUUUGACAUUUCAGAGAGUGAUGGUUACCAUGGGUCUGCCUCUGAUAAAAGGCAGAGAAAACAACAAAUUUUGUCAGUCGGAGCCUGGUCAUAGGAGAAGUCCUCUCAUAGCAGACAUGGCCCCAGGAGUAAAGGAGCAGAAAUACACGGGGAUGUUUGCAAUGACCGAGAGGGGCCACAGGAGCAACGUGAGAGGGAUCCGGACAGAAGCCACCUUUGACCUCUCUGCACAGGAGUUUGUAAUCGACACACCGUGCGAAAAUGCUGAGAAGAUGUACAUUGGAAACGCCAUGUACGGGAAUUAUGCAGCGGUCUUGGCCCAGCUCAUCACAAACGGAAGAUCUCAAGGACCCCACUGUUUCAUCGUUCCUGUCUGCGAUGAAAAUGGAAGCAUGUACCCAGGAGCGACAGCUAUUGAUAUGAUGUAUAAAGAAGGUCUGCAUGGUGUUGAUACCGGGAUUCUGAGAUUUGACAAGGUUCGGAUACCAAGGGAGAAGCUGCUGGAUAAGUUUGGUUCUGUGGCUCCAGAUGGGCAGUACCACUCCCCCAUUAAGGACAAGAGUGCAAGAUUCAAUGCCAUGUUGGCGGUGCUGACCCCUUCGAGACUGGCUGUGACUUUCUAAGCUACAGGCUCUAUGAAGCUUGGGUUGACGAUAGCCAUUCGCUAUAGCCACAGCCAGAGGCAGUUUGGGCCCAAAGCCAAGGAAGAGGUCAAGAUUAUUGAGCACCAAACACAGACCCUGCGGCUGAUGCCUCACCUGGCUACGGCCUUGGCCCUGUCCUUCGCCAACAGGUAUGCCGGCAUCCUUCUGGACGAGGACGUCUUCCGAGGUUAGGAGCUUGUCGGCAGUCGCCCGCUGCAGGUGCUGGUGGCAGGGCUGAAGGCCUACAGUACCUGGGAGAACAUUGGCUACCUGCAGGACGGCCGAGAGUGCACCGGAGGCCUGGGUUACAUGAUGGAAAACGGAAUCUCAGGCUUAAAAUGUGACACAGAUGUGUUUGUAACUUUUGAAGGUGACAGUGUUGUAAUGCUGCAGGUUGUGGUUCAGGAACUGCUGGCUCAGUACACCAAGCAGUAUGAAGAAAGACCCAUCUCUAGCCUGCUCCGAAACUGGACGGAAUCAGGGGGUGACAAGCUGAGAACCAGUUUCCUGGCGUUUAACACGGACACAGUCGGUAAUCUUGCCUUUCUGUUGAAAGCAGUCAGUUUUCAUGAAAGGGUUCUUCAGCGGGGUUUGGUGGCCCGGAUUUAUUAUAAGGUGACGACCGAGAACGAGGACUUUUCCAGUGCCUGGAACUCAUGUCUUCACCACGUCACCUGCCUGUCUCUGGCACACAUUCACAGAGUGACUUUAGAGCAGUUCUCCCUGCCCGGGAGGAGCUGUCCUGAAGAGGACCAGGCUUUGUUAAAAAAGUUUUGUCUGCUAUAUGGAACCAAACUGGUGUUCCAGGAGCAAGCCUGGUAUCUAGAACAUAAAUAUUUGACUCCCCUGGCCAGCAUGAAGAUUAGGCGUCAGAAAAAAGGCCUGGUGGUACUUUUGUCAGUGGUUGCAAUGGGAAUUCAGUGUGACAGCCACAGAGCACCUGAAAAUGAAGAUAGAGCCAGUGAAUCAUCACCAUAAUGCUGCUUUAGAAGAAGACCGUUAAACAGCGUAAUCAUCUAUACAACACAUUUUCUGGGUUCCCUCCCUCUUCCAGGCCCGCUGUUAGAUGCUGAAACACAGACAGGUAUAUCCUCAGUCUCUGCAUUCAAGGGAGCUCAUUAUAGCUGGGGACACGAAACUGCCUUCAAAUAACGCAACAACACGAGGGAGUGGACCUUUCCAAUGAACUUGGCCACAAGCAUAAGUGCAGAGGACAGAGGUCACUUUGGAAUUAAUGGCGUUCUUUGCUAGACCUGGAAGAGGGGAAGAUUCAAAGUGGAGGCGGUGGUUCAGCUGAGGAGGGGGAAAUGCAGGUGAGCCUUCAGAUGGGGUUGGUGAAGUGAGCAAAAUCAUAGAAAUGGGGGUACUUGGGACAGACAUGUUAAGAAACAGUGAAAAGACCAGUUUGGUUGAAGUCUUAACUGAUAGACAAACCUGGAGAAGCCUGCCGGAGCAAAACUAUAAUGGGCUCGGAAGAACCUUGAAGAAUCUUUUUCCUUCUUAGGGGGCAGCAAUUAUGACAAAAAGCAUGUAUAAAAAUACUUCAGUUAUCUAUUGCUAUGUAACAAAAAAACCCCAAAACUUAGUGUCUUAAAACAACAACCAUUUCUCGUUUCUCAUGACUCUGCAGUCUGGACAGGGCUCCACUAGAUGGUUCUUCUGCCCCACAUGGCGUCCGCUGGGGCUGAGUGCUCAAGAUGUCCUAGAUGUGUACUAGUCACUGUCCUUGGAAAAUGAUUUGUAAGAUUAAUGUGAAGGGCAAAUUGAAGGUAUCUUCUUCCCCUUGCAAGGCGUCUGAAGGGACUCUUAGCUUGAGACCCACCCUAAACCAAAUUGAGGUUUUCUGGAAGACUCAGAGGGUUCAGAUAAGGGCAGCAAUUUCUUUACCCUCCCCCGGGGUUAUAGCUCUUUGGCAUCCAGCUUACUGUCUAUUAAAUUUCUUGCUUAGUGCUGGGCCUGGUUUUCACUGUCAUCACUCCCUGCUCCACCGCAAUCACCAUGUGGCUGUCAAAGUGAAAAUUCAGAUUUGCUGGAAAUGGCAAAUGCCUUCAUGGCAAACGCAAUUUUCUUACUUGUUUAUUUCUCUUGGUUCCCAUUUUCCCUUAAUUUUUUGCAUUACUGUAUUGUCAGAUCAUUGAUGCUUUAAAGGUGUAGAAAAAGAAAACCUAGCUCUCUAAUAUCAGAAAUAGAAAGUUCCUUCAAUAUUAUCUCCCUUGACCUCACAACAACCCUCUGAGUGAUGUUCAUUAUUCUUACACGUGGAUGAGGAAACAGAUCCAAUGUGAUAUAGUAACUUGCCCAAAGUAAUACGGGUAGCAAAAACCCAUAUCUCUCUGGCUCUAAAUAUUUUCAAUUAUUUGGUUAGAAAUCAGCAUCAACCAGUAACAAAAAGCACUCAGUGCCCAGUUGUUGGUUUCUAAUAUCAUUUUCCAAAAUAGCAACCAGGGUCCUUGGAGAAAUGGCUGAUUCUGGCUGGGGCAAUGAAUAUAUAAGAUGAACCUGGAACGUCUUCUAGAGCCAGAAAGUCAGAAAGUGCUCAAAACAGAAAUAAAGAUAGAAAGACCCACAGUUAUGGGGGUAUGUCCAAGGGAUGUGGGAAGGAGCUAACUGGAAGAGCUCCCAGGGGCCAAAGCUGGAACACUUAGAGCAACAAAAUGGAUAACAUCAUAUUGGACUUUAACCCAAAGUAUAAAAUAAACACAUGGGAAUACCCGGGUGGUCCAGCGGUUAGGACUCCGC